UAUAAUUUCGCCGCCCAUUCAUUUAAUCUAAGUUUUCAUAUCAUCUCUCUCAUACUUUCCUUCAAGACCGAGUAUACCUCCCUCAAAUAUAUUAUUAUUCAUUUUAGUUUUAGUUUACCCACUUUCCUACUUCCAAGAUCUCAGCCUUAGAUUUUCUUAAUUUCCCCAACAGAUCUCCACACACUCUCUCAAAAACAUUAACAAAAAACUGUUAAUGUUAUUGCCACUAUUUAUGAUUUUGGUGACACCAAUUGUUGUCACUUGUCAGGUCAAUACUUUGAUCUGAGCCUUGUAUACUUUGGUUAGAUCAAAGAUGAUGCCCAUGAGGACCACCGCAACCGACCCCGAUUUGAGUUCCCGGGCCACCGGUGAAUGGGAGGUCCGGCCCGGAGGAAUGCUGGUCCAGAAACGAGAUCCGAAUGACGAACACAACCCGCUAACUAUUAGAGUUCGUGUGAAAUACGGGUCUAUAUACCACGAAAUCAAUAUUAGUUCUCAAGCUACAUUCGGGGAAUUGAAGAAGAUGUUAUCGGGCCCGACAGGAUUACACCAUGAAGAUCAAAAACUUAUGUACAAGAAUAAAGAGAGGAGCUCGAAAACAUUUUUGGAUGUUGUCGGUGUGAAGGAUCGGUCGAAAAUGGUGUUGGUGGAAGACCCGAUUAGCCAAGAAAGGCGGUACGUCGAGAUGAGGAAGAAUGCAAUGAUGGAGAAGGCUGCUAAAGCGAUUUCGGAGAUUAGUUUGGAGGUCGAUAGACUCGCUGGCCAGGUGUCGGCGCACGAAUCAGUUAUCUCGAAAGGGGGGAAAGUGGCGGAGAAGACGUUGUUAGUUCUGAUCGAGUUAUUGAUGAACCAACUACUGAAACUGGACGAAAUAAUCGCGGAAGGAGAUGUAAAACUACAGAGAAAAAUGCAGGUGAAAAGGGUUCAAAAGUACGUGGAAACUCUAGACGUUUUAAAGAUUAAAAACUCGAGUCAAGUCCAGGAACAGCCGGCUUCGCGAAACCAAGAACAUGGAAGUUCAAACACUGACUGGCCGCGGUCAUUUCCUAAUUCGAGACGGUCAGUUGGGAAUUUUUCGUCGAUUCCAGCGGUGCCAAAACCGCGACAGCCAUCCACAUCAGGGGAAGUUGUGGUGACUACAAAAUGGGAGACCUUUGAUUCCAUGCCCACACCUUUGCCAGCACCACCAUCAAAUACAAUACACCCUAAAUUUAGCUGGGAUUUACUUUAAUAAAUAUAUUGAUAGAUAGAUAAUAAUAUGGUCUAGUGUGUGAAAAUUGGUCUCUAUAGUCUAUGUUCUAUUCUUUUGUGUAGGGUCAUUUGUUAUACUAAUAAACAGGAUCAGUUAUUGAUA